AUGUUUGAUGAAAUUCGAUACGAGCUCAACGGUGUGGAGAUUGAUCGCAACAGAAACGUUGGCAUAACCAGCACCAUCAAGAACUACGUAUCGCUAUCGUAUAAUGAUUCUCAACUCAUGCGGAAUGCUGGCUGGGACGUUACAUCGAGCAUACCGGAAGGAUACUUCAACUUUUGCGUACCGCUCAAGUUGUUGCUGGGCUUUUGCGAAGAUUACAAACGCGUGUGGCGAAUGCCUCACGUUACAUUAAACGAGGUCAAUAAGCUAUCUAUGCUACGGGCCUUGGAAAGCGGGCGAUAUCUUAGUGUCAGUUUUCGUUCGUGGGAUCUGUAUGAGUAUCCCAUGUUGCAGAGCACGACCAAGCAUUCGUGGGCCGUCAAAACGGCGACUCAGCUAGAGAAACCGCGGUACGUUAUCUUUGCGCUGCAGACCGGCCGCAAGAAUAUCAUGUCUCAAAAUGUUAGCGUAUUCGAUGAUUGUAAUUUGACCAACGUGAAACUUUAUCUAAACUCUGAAUUUUAUCCGUACGAUGACAUGAAUCUAGAUUUUG